GGCAGUGGCGGUCAUGGCGGCCCGGUGUGUGAGGCUGGCGCGGCGCGGUCUGCCGGCUUUGGCGUUGUCCCUCAGGUCGUCGCCCCGGCUGCUGUGCACGGCUGCCAGGCAGAAGAACAGCGGCCCGAGCCUGGAGGAGGACGCGGGGCCUGGGGAGUCCAAGGGCGAGCCGGCGGCGGCCGAGAAGAGCCUGCGGGAGGAGAAAGUCAGGCUGGAGGAGCAGCUGAGGGAGACCACGGAGAAGUACAAGCGCGCACUGGCCGACACAGAGAACUUGAGGCAGAGGAGCCAGAAGUUGGUGGAGGAGGCCAAGUUAUACGGCAUCCAGGGCUUCUGCAAGGACCUGCUGGAGGUGGCCGACAUCCUGGAGAAGGCCACGCAGAGCGUCCCGCGGGAGGAGGUGCGGGACGACAACCCACACCUCAAGAGCCUGUACGAGGGGCUGGUCAUGACCGAGGUCCAGAUUCAGAAAGUGUUCGCCAAGCACGGCCUGCUGCGGCUCGACCCCGUGGGGGCCAAGUUCGACCCUUAUGAGCACGAGGCCUUGUUCCACACGCCGGUGGAGGGUAAAGAGGCGGGCACGGUGGCACUGGUGAGCAAGGUGGGCUACAAGCUUCAUGGGCGCACCUUACGGCCCGCCCUGGUGGGGGUGGUGAAGGAGGCGUAGCCGCACCCGGAUUCUGAGCCCACUGAAGCCUGGGCCGUCUGGUCCCGCCCGUGGAUGCACCUGACCUUCCCCACCCCGGCUGGAAAGCUUCAGUGACUUUGGCCCUGCUGGAGACGAAGCCAGUGGAGCAGCCGGGCUGUUCAUGGACUUGGGGCCCCGCAUCUGCUCACUAGGUGAGGGCUGGUGGGAUCCAGCUGUAGCUGCUCAGACCAGACAGCCCCAAUAAAAGGGCUCAGGAGCUCGCUGUGGACCCUG